GUUUCGAUACGCAAUCAUGACUGGAAACCAGACAUCGUCUACCUGUACCAAUUUCCACGUAGCCAAUAUCUUCCAAAUGUGUCACCGUUUUGUCUCAAAAUCGAGACGUUCCUCAAGGCCAAUAAAAUCCCAUAUGAGGUACGCACGAUUCUGAUGGGACGAUCACAAUACGGUCUACUGCCAUUUAUCGAGCUGAACGGCGAACACAUCGCUGACUCGCAGAUCAUAAUGGAACGCCUUAAAGAGCACUUCAAAGUCAAGUACCAAUUCAAAGUGCUGGAAGAGAAGAACGACUUCUUCUCGACCACUCUGCGUGAAAUUGGGGCACCUAAGCUGCUUUUACCAGUGAUUACAUAUCUGUUCAGAAGAAAGGCAGCAAAUCGUGUUGCGGCAAGUCUUGGCCACUUCUCCACGGAAGAUUUCAAGAUGUUCCUGAAGAAAGACUAUGACGCCUAUCGAGAUCUACUUGGUGAUCAAAAGUUCCUUUUCGGUGACGAGAUAAGCCCG